AUGUCCGAAAAGAAUGCGCCGUUGGGCGCUUCAAAUGCGACAAAGUCCAGGUCCACUGAUGCAGGGAAGGAUACGAGCGUCAAGAACUCGCAAACAUCUGUGGCCAAGGCCGAAACGACCGGUUCGGGGAGUCACUCCAGUCCCAAGAAGCGCCGGAAGGUGAAUCACGGUAAGGUGCCGUUGCGCAGCAUGCGACAGGGAUCUGGGCGCGGCCGAUUCUGUUGCGCAUAA